AUGCAUCCAGUUGGACAACAACAGCAACGUCGUGGCAAUUCGACACGAAUGCCUAUGAUGUAUUCUUCGUCUUUACCACCUGUACCCUUACUAUCUGGUCCGCCACCCUUACGAUAUGGCGGUGGUAGUAUUGGCGCGUACCAACAGUCAGCAAGUGGGAUCGGUGGAAUGAAACAUCAUCAACGUGGUGGUGGAAACCGUACUGGUCGUGGAUCGGCGCCGACUCAUCGACAACAACGUCCGGCUGCCGGUUCUCGUUAUCAUCCUUACCCAUUUCGACAACCAUUACCACCUCAACAACAGCGCUCCUAUCGACCAGCUCAUCCAAUUCCACGUACUCCGGCAGCAUUGAUGGGUACACCACCUGGUAUGUCGCAAUCCGAGUACGAAUUGAUUCAUUCAGCACAAGUACAACGAGAUAAAAAGAAACUCGAUGUACUUGCACCGUCGAAUACAACACAAUUUCUUAUACGUGACCAUAAUCGACAAACACCUUCAUCUAUAGCUACGCCAACUCCAACACAUCAAACAAAUUCUUCACCAUCAACGACACAAAAUCCACCCUCACUCCCUUACGAUCAACUGUUUGACAUGGGCGAUGUCGAUGCUCAAAGUGAUGAUACUGAAAGCAAUCAAGAUUUUGGUAUCGGUGGUGUUGAUCCCUCCGGUGAUAGUGAUUUCAACGAUAUCUAUUAUCAAUGUCGAUACGAACGCUAUGCUGCAUUUAGUCGCGCUAACCUACUGAACGAAGUCUUGUCACUUUGUGCAAAUAUUGACCGUUUACAAUAUGAGAAAAGUGAAGUUGAAAAACGUUUACGUGAUGUACAACAACACCUGUACGAAGUAACAUCAGCACAUAAUGGCAAUCAAAAUCGUUCAACGAACGAGGAAGGAAAUCAAGUCAACGACGAUGACUCACGAAUGCAAUCUCCGAUUCCCGAUCAACAACAAAACGAUUCCAAGAACGAAGAGGAUACAAUUCCUCUCGCUGAUGAUGCACAUGCCUCAGCUCCAUCUCCACCUCCGUCUACAAAUCAAACAGAAAUGAACGAACCAUUAGCCGAAGGAAAUCCUUCAGAAAAUAAUGGCAAUGAACAACAGAUUGUUCAAUCCUAA